UAAAAAAACCUUACAUUGAGAAAAAAAAAAAAUGCUCAUCAACCUUUUAUUCUCUCAAAAUAAUACAUAAAUGUUUCUUAUAAAAAAUACACACGUUUUCGAAGUUUCGAAUAUCAGAAUGCUGAAGAUGAUAAUUCAUUCGGCUCUGGACCAGGUUUAUACCAUACUUCAAUCCAAAUCAAGGAAACUUUGGGAGAUGAAUGUUAAGCUUUUAGGUGAGAGCAAAGUUGAGAAACUCAAGAACUCUUUUGUUUCGAGGCCUCGUAUGAGUUUAUGGAUGAUUCGUGCUGUUACCGUCUUGUGGCUUUGGAGCUGUUUCGUUCAUUUGAUGGCUUUGGGUGAGAUGUGGGGACCUAGAUUGUUUAAAGGUUGGCCUUCUUGUUUCAAUCACAAUGGUUUGUCUUCUCCCGUAGAUAUGACGUCUCUCCCCACUAAAAUUGCCCUUCCUCCUAAAAGGGUAUAUGUGAACAAUGGUUAUCUUAUGGUUUCCUGCAAUGGAGGACUCAAUCAGAUGCGAGCAGCGAUAUGUGAUAUGGUAACUAUUGCAAGGUACAUGAAUGUCACACUAAUUGUGCCGGAGCUUGACAAGACCUCCUUUUGGAACGAUCCAAGUGAGUUUAAAGAUAUAUUCGAUUUGGAUCACUUCAUAAGCUCGUUAAGAGAUGAAGUUCGGAUACUCAAAGAGUUACCUCCAAGGCUUAAGAAAAGGGUUGAGCUUGGAGUGUACCACGAAAUGCCUCCUAUUAGUUGGUCAAACAUGUCUUACUACCAAAAUCAGAUUCUUCCACUGGUGAAGAAACAUAAGGUCUUACAUCUGAACAGAACGGAUACUCGACUUGCUAAUAAUGAACUGCCUGUGGAGGUUCAGAAGCUGAGGUGCCGAGUAAAUUUCAACGGGCUUAAGUUUACUCCUCAGAUUGAGGAAUUGGGUAGACGAGUAGUCAAGAUUCUGAGAGAGAAAGGUCCCUUUCUCGUCCUGCAUCUCAGAUAUGAAAUGGACAUGUUAGCAUUUUCCGGUUGCUCACAUGGUUGCAACCCUGAGGAAGAAGAAGAACUAACAAGAAUGAGAUAUGCUUAUCCAUGGUGGAAAGAGAAAGUUAUAAACUCUGAGCUGAAGAGGAAAGAUGGCCUUUGCCCUUUAACUCCUGAGGAAACUGCUCUCACGUUGACCGCGUUGGGUAUUGACCGAAAUGUUCAAAUUUACAUAGCUGCUGGAGAAAUCUAUGGUGGUCAAAGGCGGAUGAAGGCUUUAACAGAUGCUUUUCCAAAUGUGGUCCGGAAAGAAACCCUACUCGAACCCUCUGAUCUGGAUUUUUGCCGGAACCAUUCAUCUCAAAUGGCUGCACUUGAUUACCUAGUGGCUCUUGAGAGUGAUAUAUUUGUUCCAACUAACGAUGGCAACAUGGCUAGAGUCGUUGAAGGUCAUCGCAGAUUCUUGGGGUUCAAGAAAACAAUUCAGCUGAACAGGAAGUUCCUAGUUAAGCUGAUAGAUGAGUAUACUGAAGGAUUGUUGAGUUGGGAUGUAUUUUCAUCCUCGGUGAAGGCGUUUCACUCUACUCGAAUGGGAAGCCCAAAGAGACGGUUAGUGAUUCCCAAUAGACCAAAGGAAGAAGACUACUUCUAUGCCAACCCGCAUGAAUGUUUGCAGCUGUUAGAUGAACCAUUGAGAGUCAUUUGAGGGAUGUGACUACACCAUUGGGGAGAGAACAGCUGAAAUAUCGGGUCAAAAGCUCUAAUUUACUACAGUCUGAAAGAGAGUGAGUUUUACAGAUUGAAGUUAUUUAGGGUUCUUGGUGCAGAGAUUUCUGAAAGAGCUUCCAUGGAUGAACCAGAAGAAAUGAUUGUUGAAGCUUACAUUGUAAAGUUUGGCAUCCAUGGCCUUGCCAGUUUUGUUAGCUAAAUAAAAAAAGUGCCAUUUUAUGUAAUUAAACCUUGGUUACAGUUAAAGAUAUAUAUUUCAGAUUAUUUAUACU